AGCAGGCAAAUGUGUCCUGGAUCUCUGAGUCACUAGGAAAAAGCAGCCAGCUUUGUUUUGUUUUUAUUUUUGUUUCAGUAAAAAAAACACUUCCCACUCAAACUUUUGAAACUUCCACGUGGCACACAGGGGGAUCAGUUCCAGUUGAUAUAAGCCUGGAUGAAGAGAGGGAGGAAAUAACUUAAUUGCUUUAGACUUUCGUUCAGCUGGAGUGGAGAGGAAAGAAUCAGUGUCCCUUCUUUGGAAUCCAGCAAGAAGGUCGUGUUGUUGGUGAGGACAGAUCUUCUGCAGGUUUUGUGGAGGUACUGUAUGGAGCACUGCGGGGUACUCACAAAACAGGUGGCUUUAUAUUUAAUAUAGUAAGGGCUGUCAGGGACAAAAAACUGUGUUGCUUUCUUGGUAGUAUUGCUGCACUUGGAGCAUACUGUUAUCAACUGUAUGUUCCUGUUCUUUUCACCAAAUAAGAAAUGUGAGGUUUCUGGGCUGAAUGUCUCUGUGUGUGUGUGUGUGUGUGUGCGCGUGUGGUGGAAGGUUCUGAUGUUGGUGCUGUUAAUGUGAGAUAUAGAAGAUAGAAAAGAGAUUGAAUGGAUGGGGUGUUACAGCAUAUUUGGGGACUUUGCCUCUAAGACAUUUGUAGCUUCAGCCUAUGGAUCCCUGGUCCCCGAAGAUCAGUUGAUGUGUUGAAAAGGAGGGAGAGUUAAAGGGGAGGGAGAUAAAAUGCAGGAAAAACUGCUGAUCUAUCUCCUCCUAGCUAAUUUGAACCAGACCCCCAGAGAAUGGGAGGACAUUCCCACCUGGGAAUGAUUUGGGUUGAAUGCAGCUAAACUCAAAGGUGCAGUAACGGUGCAGCUCCAGUGUCCUGCAAUGAAAUGCAAAAGCAUGCACACUGUCUCUGCUUCUCUUCUGCCAAUUCCUGCAUGCUGGCUUUUGGCUUCGCUCACGGAUCUUGCAAACUGCGUUGACAAAAGUAAUGGGAGAUUGUUUAUUUCCCAAGUCUUUAUAUUCAGGCUGUAGCUGCUUCCUCUUUCCUACUCACAUUUUCCCAUAUGGUGACUUUGGAAAAUUCCUCUCUGACUUCGCUGGGAAGUGCAGGAAGCUCUCACUGGUAGAGGGUUGCCUGUUGCUCUCUCCAAUUCUGCUGCUCACAUCUGGAAAGGAUCUGGCUUGGAAAGGGGAGACUUGCUCUGAGCUCAGUGCAUGUUACUGACAUGGCAUGAGCUGAGAGCCUGUGGGGGCAAGAGAAAUGUUCUUCUCCAUUCAUCUGAUUUCUGACAGCAAAGGGGCGAUGCCCGCCGGCGGCCGGGCGCUGCUGGCGCUGCUGGGGCUCCCGGCGCUGCUGGCGCUGGGCUGCGCCGCCGACAGCGACUUCGCCGAGGGCGGCCCGGAGCGGCGGCGGCCCGGAGCGGGCCCCGCCUGCCCCCGCGACUGCGGCUGCACCCAGGAGGGCGUCGUGGACUGCGGCGGCAUCGACCUCAAGGAGUUCCCGCUGCUGCUGCCCGAGCUGACCAACCACCUCUCCCUGCAGAAUAAUCAGAUAGAAGAAAUCUUUCCAGAAGAGCUUGCUCGUCUUUAUAGACUGGAAACUCUCAAUUUGCAAAACAACAGGCUGACUUCAAAAGGGUUGCCAGAGGAAGCAUUUGAGCAUCUGGAGAACCUGAAUUACCUGUACCUGGCAAACAAUAAGCUAACAGUGGCUCCGAAAUUCCUACCAAAUACCUUGAUCAGUGCAGAUUUUGCAGCCAAUUAUCUCACUAAGAUAUAUGGGCUCACAUUUGGACAGAAACCAAACUUGAGAUCUGUGUAUCUUCAUAACAACAAACUUUCAGAUGCUGGGUUACCUGAUAAUAUGUUCAACGGCUCGAAUAAUGUGGAGAUACUCAUCAUGUCCAGCAAUUUCUUGAAGUAUGUUCCAAAGAAUCUCCCUCCAGCACUAUAUAAAUUACACUUACAGAGCAACAAGCUGGAGAAGAUUCCCAAAGGAGCCUUCAGCGAACUUGCUGGUCUGCGGGAGCUGUAUUUGCAGAAUAACUACUUGUCUAAUGAGGGAAUGGACAACGAAACUUUUUGGAAAUUGUCUAGUCUUGAAUAUCUGGAUUUGUCCAGCAAUAACCUCUCACAAAUCCCAAGUGGUUUACCUCGAAACAUCGUCCUCCUCCACCUGGAGAAGAAUGCAAUUAAGGUGAUUGACAGAGAUGUCUUGACCCAAAUUAAGAAUCUGGAGUACCUUCUGCUCCACAAUAACAAAUUAAAAGCCCGAGGUAUUCACCCCUUAGCCUUCCAGGGCUUAAAGAAGCUGCACACUGUCCACCUGUACAAUAACAUGCUGGAAAGGAUCCCCAGUGGGCUGCCCCGGCGAGUGAGGACACUUAUGAUCCUUCAUAAUCAGAUCUCAGAGAUUAACAGGAAUGACUUUGCUACUACUUACUUCCUUGAAGAGCUGAACCUGAGCUACAACAAACUCACAAGUCCCCAGAUCCAUCGGGAGGCCUUCCGUAAACUGCGGCAACUAAAGUCCCUGGAUCUUUCUGGAAACAAUCUGCACACGGUGCCUUUUGGCUUUCCAAAGAACUUGCAGGUUCUGAAGCUGAAGGAGAAUGAGAUAAGCGUUAUCCCAAAAGGGACUUUGUCUGGGAUGACAAAACUGCGGGAACUGUAUUUGAGCAACAAUAAACUGAAAGUAAAUUCAAUUUAUUCAAGAGCAUGGAGAGAACUCAGCAGUCUCCAGUCACUAGAUAUGGCUGGCAACCAGCUGACAUCUAUCCCAUUAGGCCUGCCAGAAUCUCUGGAAUAUCUGUAUCUCCAGAACAACAAGAUCACAACGGUUUCAGAGAAUGCUUUUGAAUCCACACCCAAAAUAAAGGGGAUUUACCUCAGGUUUAAUAAGAUUUCAGUUGGAGCACUGAAAGAAAGUACCUUCCAAAACCUGAAGCACUUACAGGUACUGGAUAUUGAAGGGAACCUUGAAUUCAGCAACAGUUCAAAGAAUAAGGAUGACUCAGAAGAGGAAAUGGAAGAUGAGGAAGAGGAAGAGGAAGAAGAACUGAGAUAAAAUGUGAACUCACACAGUCCCAUCAUGUGAGAGGAAAACAUAUGGAAAAAUACAUAUAUGUCUAUGUGUAUAUAUCUCUAUAGAUAUACAGAGAACACUUAGCAAAAUGUGCAAUGAAUUAUGCAGAAACUGUCAUGGCACUGGGCCAGGCUCAUGGAAGACAGUGUAUUUCAGUGCCUUAUUCAGGGAGAGACCCUGAAUGCCUUUCCAAAGCUUCCAAAUCAUCUUAUACAAGACCCAGGAUCAUAAGGGAUUGCUCUGGAACUCACAAAAGCUGGCUUUUGUUUCUUUUGUUUCUCUUCCCUCACUGUUUCCAUCUGUAAUAACAAUAUGGGACUGUUUUGAACACAGGCCUUCAAAUGCCAUUUUUGUCACUGCAUUUUAAGUGAACCAUGUUUAUGCCACUUUUCUUUUGCUCCACCCAAAAGAAGCUGUUGUUGGCCAGGGUAGAUGGAUAUUUGCAGUAGUUUCAUGUGCAGAGCAGUGUAUGAGGCAUUUUGGUCAUCAAGCAGCAGUAAUAAUUCUGGAUGCAAUUAUUUCUCUGUUAUAACAAUGUGUAUAUUUGGAUGAGAAAAACAAAAUAAGGCUGGAUCCCGUAAUAUUUUAUCUCUACUGCCAAAGCCUGCAGUAUAUGCAGUAUGUUUUAGAAAGGUUUUAAGAUAAAACAAUUGCUCUUGUGAAUAUAUAUAUAUAUAUAUAUAUAUAUAUAUAUAUAUAUAAAACCUGUAUGUCUGCCUUCCAGAGCUUUGGUAAAUUUUUUGUCUUGCUGUUGUUUGCCCAUGGGGCAGUUGAGUGAAUGUCUCUGAAAGUGCGAUCAGAGGAUGGAGUGACAGGAUGAAGUUUAAUGUAUGUGGUAGAAUUUUCCACAGUGUGUAUCUCAUUCUCACUGAGAGUCAGGAGUGAGGCUAAUGAUGUAGAAGAGAUUAGUGAGUGUGGGCUGUCUUAGGAGAAAACUAUUAAAUGUCAAAAGAAAUUCGUUUAGUUCAAGUCUGGAGACAGUGCCUGCUGUCGUACUCCCUUAAAGCCUCCCCUAUUUUAUGAUGUUGAGUGCUCUCAGCUCCUAUUGGAAUCAUAGAAAAUGAAGAAACCAAGGAAAAGAAGACCUACAGAGGUACAAGUUUCUUAGCUGGUUAUAAUGUCCUUCAUCUGAGGCAGCUAAUCUGCUUGAAAAAAUGGUCUUUUCUUUUGAGGAUUUCUGACUGAACAUGUGUUGUUUUGCAAACUGCAUUCCAGGAUUUACUUGGAAACACAGUUGGCUUAAUUUUUUACCAGCUGUUUUCCUGCUGGAGAUCUAGUUCCAUGCUCUCCCUUUGGUCUCCCAUAGCACAUAACGGUAAUUUCAAGCUGUUGUUUCCUACCUUCGACAAUUCAACACAAUCAUUAAUCAUAGAAGGAAAGAUUGCUUCCUGAAAAAGUAAAAGCUUGGCCCUAAAAGUUGCAAAACCCACACAUUUUUGAAUAUCAGCUAUACAGCUGAGCAAUAAAAUAUCCUUCCAGCUGACUGCUGGGAUAGAUUUUAAUGUAAAAUGUCUACAGAAUGUAGCUCAAGUCAACUAGGUACCUCCAGCAAACACCAGUGGAAGUUUUACCAGUCUUUUGUGAAAAAGACCAAUUUAUUAAACUCCUGAACAAGCUGAGAAUAUGCAGAUUUGUCCAGUUUUAUGGAGUACUGUUCUAUUGUGUUUCAACUUCUGUCCCUUGGACUACAAUUCUAUGAAAAGUCAGGUGGCUCAGACUUCUUUGAAUGCCUUAUGAGUCUGAUGCAGUGAGUGCAGGGGUGAAGGUUCAUUGUAGCACCUGUAGAAUCAAAAAUAUUAGGAUGAUACAGACACUGUUAAGCUUCUUGAGCAAGUGGCAGCCUUUGCCAAAGGAGACCCACCUACAGUUUAAGGUGCACAUAGUAUAGACCAGAUAAAGUUAGGAAACCCUUAUCCAAGUUUAUUUCAAAAUAGUUGCACACUGAAUUUCUCCUUUGGGACAAUGGGACAAUGUUUUCCAGCAGGAAAAAACCCCAAGAAACAACUACCACUCUUACCCAGUAAAAGCCUCAAAUGCUCCAAGAUUGUUCUGUAAGAGUUUGGUGAGGGAGAGCCACAGGCCUGAUUCCUCACUUACCUGAUAUCAUCAGCACCUAUGACACUGGACAUAAUACUGUCAGACCAAAAUGGUAGUCUAUUUCUUUCUUUUAAAGGAGUAAGAGACACCAUGAGGGAUGUUGAGGAAUAAUCAGAAAUCUGUGGGAUUAAGCCCACAUAUUUUUUUGACUGUGGGUGGUACCCAUAAUCCAAAAAUCCAAUCCAGACCUUGUGUGGAGCAGGACCCAGGAACAGGCUCUAAUUUUAUUAUUUCCUUUAGUGAAAAUGGGAGUUGGCAAGUUGGCCUUUUCUUAGGCCACAAAGAGGCAACACAAACACUGCUUUCCUGUAACUUUCUUCCUGUGAUUUGCUUGGAUUUGGGAAAGAGAAGAAUGAAAGUGUUUUAAGGCUGAGAUAGAUGUAUGAAUAGUGAAAAUUUGAAGUCUAAAAUGUUUAGUUGGCAAUUUUAUCCCUAAAUAUGCAUUUGCACAUG